GAACUGUAAACUCGCGUAUAUACCGUCAAAAUACGUGGGCCACGUACCAUACUGAAAACUCUCGCCCUCUCCGUUCCUGGUAUCUUUUCCCCUAUAAAACCUCCCGCAGCCUCUUUUUUCACUUCCAAUCUCCCCGUCCUGCUCUCUCCUCUCUCCUCUCUCCUCUCUGUCGCUCUGUGAAAACCCUAAACCUAACCCUAGCCCCGCAAUAUCUUCAGAAACCCUAUCUCUCCGACGCUUUCAGCAUGAGCACUCGAGCGUCAAAGAGACCGCUGAAAGGAUACGUUAGGGACUGUCGGCGUAGAAAGAUGGUUCUUGAUGUGGACCUCAAUGUCGACCCCCAGGGUGAAAACAGGGCUCCCGAGGGGAUUGCCAUAUCUCAUGGCUAUCUGCCAGAUGGGCAAGUCAGCAUGCAAGAUGGUGCAUCAACAUCCACGGAUGGCAGGUUACAUACUGCGCCAAUCGAUGUUGAGGCCAUUGAUGAUGAGGUUGUAAUCUCCUCUCCAAGAAGGUUCACAGAAGCUAGGAACCAUGCCCGAAGGAAUCAGGUGGUGACAGUAGUUCUUGAUGAAGAUUCAGAUGCGCAACAUGAACAAUCAGGCUCUGUUGUGGAGGAACCAGCAACAAGUUUGACUCUCAAUGGCUAUAACAAUCACCAAAGUAUUUCCACAAAUGAGUUUGUCAUCAACUAUGAUCUCGACAUCUUGGAAAUCAAUCUCAGUUCCAAGGCCACUGAUAUGAAGGUUAUGAUCUUCCAAUCUGUGAGAUUACCCCGUCAGACCAAAGCUCAGAUCAUCUCCCCUACCAUGGGCCCUGCAUGUUCUGAAUCCGGUAGGAGGAAUGUUUUGAGGCCUAACACAGAACGGCAGAAAAGGGCGUGGAAUGCUGUGAAUCCUAGUCCGGAACCUCGGCCUGCGUCCCCGCCAAAGGAGCCCACCUUUACUUGUGCAGUUUGCAUGGGUUCGCUCGUGGAAGCGAUGUCAACCGUCUGUGGUCAUAUAUUCUGUAAGGCAUGCAUCAAGGCUGCCAUUACGGCCCAGAAGAAGUGCCCCACCUGCAGGCGCAAGCUUUUGAUGAGCAACAUUCACAGGAUUUACCUUCCUGCCAUCAAUUGAACAGGACAUUAACUAGCAUUCUGUAGUAGUAGGGUCAAUAUCAGUUAUUUGUUAAGGUCUUCACUACUGCAGUAUGUAGGGGGGAAAGGAUAGAAAAAAAGAAAAAAGAAAUCAGAGAGAUGGCAUGGUCCUUUAUUCUCUACAUUUUUACAUCUUUAUUGGAGCUCUUGGCUGAAGAUUUUCUGUUUCGCACCUGUAAUUUGUUAUUUAGUCAAUUUAAAUGGGUGGAUGAGGAUAUAGCCGUUUGUUCA